AUGCCACCAAAAAAGACGCCAAAAGGAGGCGCUAGCGGCUCCGGCAAAGACGACGGCGGUGGCCAGAAAAAAGAGGCAAAAGGUGGUGGUACGGCAGUAAAAGUUCGUCACAUUCUCUGUGAGAAACAGGGAAAAGCGUUGGAGGCUAUCGAAAAGCUCAAAUCGGGAAUGAAGUUCAACGAGGUGGCCGCUCAAUACAGUGAGGAUAAGGCGAGAAGUGGUGGAGAUCUUGGAUGGAUGACACGUGGCAGUAUGGUUGGACCAUUUCAGGACGCCGCAUUUGCCCUGUCGAACAGCUCAUGCGACAAGCCAAUCUACACGGACCCCCCAGUCAAGACAAAGUUCGGUUAUCAUGUGAUUAUGGUCGAGGGAAAGAAAUAAUCAUUCCAAAAAAAAAAAUGUUGAUUUCGCUUUUUUUUGUCUUUUUUGUUGCAAAAUUUUU